AUGGCGGAUUUGGUCAAGACUUACAUUGAAAAUGAAAAGGCUGAUGCGGAUUUGGCCCAAAAAUUAAUAACAAAUGAUAUUGGUAAGGUUCUUUUGGUAUCACAAUAUUGUGAUUUAUUUUUUAUCAUUUUAGUCAUGUUUGGAUUCAGUUAUUUAGCAUAUAUCUUGUGGAAAAUUUUGAUUUCAGGUAGAUUGUGCACCUCGGGGUCGAUGGAAACAGACUACCGAGACUUUUCUGAUCUCGGAGUCAGAGAGUUUGUCGAAUUAAAUUACACACCACUACCUCAGGAACUUAAAGAACAAUUGCGCAGUAAUGUUUUGUUAUUUUGUUUUGGUUUUAGGAGUCUAUUAGCUAAAUGUCUAUGUUAAUGUAUCUACGGUAAAAUAAUUUCGUUUUGUGCAGAGAGACUAUAUUGAUGUGUAUUGAGGUACUAGGGACAUUGUUGUAUACUGAGGUGGUUGUUUCAGAUUUACAAACUAACUGUGCUUUUGGAAUAUUCCCUGACAUUUACCGAGCAUGGAUGAUUGUUGACUCCGACUUGUUUUUAUGGAAUUUCGAAUUUAAGUAGGUUUUUUAUUAGUGGUUUGGUUAUAGAAGUUGUUAAACGUGCUACUUUCUUAUUAUAACAGUUUUUACUGUUUUAACAGCUAAAAAACUAUCAAAGAAUUGGUUUCAGCAAAGAUUUGGCAUAUUACGAUCAUAUAGAAAAUACGAUUUUAAAAGUGGAUUUGGUGACAUUGCGACAAGGAUCGUUUAACGGCCGGUUCUCGCAAGCUUUGGUGGUUGCUACAACCGGUGACUUGUAUUUAUUGGGAGUCGGAUUCAUCGAUGAAAGUCGACAAGAGACGGUUUGUGGCCAAAUCGACCACAAAAACCCCAACUUGUUUUUAGUGUUGGAAGAAAUUGCAAAGGUAUUAUAUUUUGUCGUAGUCUUUCUUGUAUAAUAAUUAAGGAUUCUUUAUAUGAUUUGGCUAUCAUAGACAAAAUAAUAUUAUUUUAGAUUUCUUUGGACGGCGUUGUUGUUACAGACCUGGCUUCUACAUCAGAUGGUCGGAUAUUCUUUUCUGCUGAUAAUGAUGUAUACGAAUGUGACUACUUUGUAAGUUUACUUUGACAAAUGGCUACAAACUUAUAUUUUUGCGAUUUUUGUAUAUUCUUAUGUUAAUGUGUUUAAGCUUUGAUAAUGUCAUUUCAGUCGGAACGAUGGUUUAGUAGUAGUGUGCAGAAGGUCAAUCUGACUAAAAGUUUGUUUCCUAAUCCGUUGUCAUUGUUCCAAUCGAAAGAGAAGAUAAUGCAAUUGGCCGUCGAUGACACACGACAUAUCUUGUACAGUUUAACAGAUCAUUCUAAAAUUGUCGUAUACGACUUGGGGAACACAGGACAAUCGUUCUCAAGAGUGACAGAUAGUUCAUUGGAUAGAAUUGUUGUAAGUUUAAGUUUUUAAUUGUGUUUGGAUGGCUUAUAGGUUGCUUUUGGGGAAGAAAACAUCAAAUUUAGUUUGCAAACCUUAGUUGGUAUAAAUAACUAAAGAUAUUAAACAUAUAUAAUGUUGCUUAUUUUCAGAAAGAUAAUCAAUAUCAGAUAAGUUGUGACACUGCCUUUGUACGAGAGUUGGUAUCUAUUUCUGUGGUAUCAUCAACAAGGUCAUUAUACAUAUACUUAGAAGCUAUUACCUCAUUUGGUAUUCGUAUCUUCUUUACAUGUUCUGAUCAGUUUUUAGUAGAACGAGGAGUCAACAGAGUAAGUUUUCAAUUUGAAUUAUUAUUAUUUUAAGUUGGCGCAUAACACUUUACAAUAUUUCUGACGCUGUUUCUCAAAUUUAAUGUCAUUCGUUUCAGUUUGCUCAACAUUCAGUCCGACCUAAGUGUCUGAACGCCGUGCACAUCAGAUUCCCAACAGGGAAUCCUUCAGUAACCUUGCAAGAGCAGAAACGGGUAUACUAUGGAAACACGUUAAAUGGUAAGGUCUUGAGCAUUUUAUGAUAUUUUGAGUUUAGGUACGACAAUAAUGGCAUUAAGCUCGGCGCGGGAGGAAUCUUAUGUUUAUGCCAUGUCUUCUGUUAACUUUACUUAUACGCAACGGUUGAUUGAAAGCUAUGUAAGUGUUGUGGAUGAUAUCAUUAUGUUAACUUUUAUGUGUUACAGAGGAUGUGUAAUGUAUUUUUUAAAUGAAGGCUUUAUUUUCAUGUUGAACUUGGCUACAGAGGAAUGUUCUUGUUUCAUUUUUAUUAUGAUAGUGAUAAUAUAAACCUAAAAAACUACAAGUUUAGAAUAAACUUCAAGUUCAAAACGCGAUGGUUUGGUCUGCAUCGAGAACGGCGGAACGUUUGGCUCUAGAACAGUGUAAAGUCCGUGAGACUGCCAUAAAUGUUGCUACGAUGAAGGAGAUCGAAUUGGUGCCAGCUCUUCAACCCCCACAAUUUUCUCAACAACAUGUCUUCUCAGUGGACAAGGUCCACAUCGUGACUCCAGAAGGCGUGUUAACCGUGGGACAUUCGGCUCCAGUAGAAAUCUUGAGGCAGAUUCUGGAGAAGUACGGCACAGAAUCCAGACAAUUAAAGGAUUGGCUUUACAUUCAUGGCAAUAUUGAAGUUUGCAUUCAAGCUUUGAUUAUCAUAUGCAGUGACCAGAGCACGGACUUGAAUAUUAAGGUUAGGAAAUGGAUUAAUGUUUUUUUUGUUUUGUGAUUUCUUGAGAUGUAAAUUUUAGGCUUUUUGGGUAACAUUGACAUAUGGAUAAUGAAAACUGAUAUGUGAAUUAAAUUAUUUCGAUUAGCAUAUUUGAUUUCAGGAACCAGCAAUCCGAACCUUUUUCUCUGUUGGAGGUCAGCCAGAACUCAUGAGCCCUCCUCUUAGCGGCCGCGGUCAAGGGGAUUUCUUUAAUGCUCAAUCCACGUUGAACUUUGAAGAAACGAAUCAUUUCAUGAACCAAACUGGUCCAUUAGUGUCAUCAACACCACGCAGAGCUCUUCAACAACAAAAACAAGUCCCAGCAUCAGAAAUGGAUAUGAGACCUUCAUUCAGACACGAUGCUUUGUACACUCACUUCACUCGAAUUGUGUAUUACAUCUGGAACAGGAAUGUGUGCCAACGAAGGGACAAUGAGGUAGGUUUUCGACUGAAAAGGACCAACAUUUUGAUAAUGAGUAGUAUAUUAUUUUAAGUGGUUUUUUAAAGCUAUAUCCAAAUUUUAGUGUUUGAAUUUUGGAAGUUUUUAAUCUUUUUGUUAAGUUAGGUACUACAGAUCACGUUCCGAAAAGUUUCAAUAAAAGAAUUCAUUUUCAGAUAUUGUCGUACUUGUAUCUUGAAGACCUUCAACUGAUCAACAAACACAUUGCUCUCUUCCAGCAAGCCAUCGGCCAGUUCAAUUUGAUCAGUGGUGUGAAAGGUGCAGGUUUCCAAAUUGAUGGCGAAGGUAAUUUCAUUGCUAUUUUAGUUUUGUUUAGUUAUCAUUGUAUAAAUUUAUUUUAUAUUCUUAAUAACAUAUUAUACACUAUAGUUGUGAUUUUUCUUGUUUCAGUGAUUGAACGCGAAAAUCGUUCAUUAGACCAGCUGCGACAAUUGAUUGGAAUUACUCGCGAGUUCCUAAACCUAUGGAUCCUGUUAUUGGAGCACAAUUUUACAGCAGUGGUUGGAGGUCUACCUUCUGAUGUGAAAGAACAGAUUCUCAAGUGGAACUUCUCCGAGUUGGUGGCAAACAAACCUGAACAGAUUGGAGUCGAACUGAUCUCGGCCUUAAUCAAGUUCUACUUUGGAGACGAGGCUAAGACGGAGAAUCUGAACAACCGGCUUGCUUCUGAAUGUCCAAAGCUUUUUACUAAUGAGGAUGCCAACAUCUUAAAGGUAUGCUAGGAUUUUUGGUUGGAAAACGUUUUCAAUGUAAUUUGAUGCACUACUGUAAUAACUUAACCUUUGCUCGUAGUUCUUGUUUUUAAAGUUAAGUAUGAAUAAAUGUUUGUAUUUUAGGGUAUCGAACUACUUCACACCGCCAGAAACGUCAACUCUUCAAGUGAAAGAGAACGGGCGAUUCACCGUGCCAUGGAAGUAAUGAAGAAGCACGCCGAACGGGCUGACAUGAUCCUGGUUGCCAAUCUGUUGAAAGACUUGAAUUACUAUGUCGGAAUCAUUGAUAUGGCAUUGGCAAGGGCAAAAAGGGUGGAUCCCCGAGAUUACGCCAAAAUCGCCUACAGGAAGAAUCUACAGGAACUUGGUGACAUGCAAGAAGCUGUGAGUUGUCUUAUUAAUGCGUAAUUUUGCGAAAAUUAUUGCAUAUGGUGGUAUAUAUCAACCAUAUUUUGCGUGUUUUUGUUUCCUGAUCAAUUUUUACAUUUUUAGGUCGAAAAAAGAGCCGGAGUAUACAGUAUCGUAAUCGACACUCUGAAUUACCUCCAUGGUAUUGCGACAAAAGAUUCCAAGCAAAAUGAUGGUCCCUUGAGUAAGGCUGCCGCUGUAGUCGAAAGAGAUCAGAUCAUCUACAGAAUCUCACACUCAGACGAUGAAAUCUGCCAAGUCUAUUUGUUCAGAUGGUUGAUUGAGAAUGGCAUGGAAGAAAAAGUUUUGUCAGAACCGAACGAAACUCUGGAACACUUUAUUUACAAGUCAGUUUUAUUUGUAUUAGCUGUUUACGAAUCUAAGAAAUGAUGUUUCCUUGAAAUUAUGGCACUUUUUUGUCUUUUUUAUAAGAAAUACGUAAAAAUAUGAUUUUUCUUUUUUUAGUGAAAUUGAGACAAGCGGAGCAACGAUUUACUUUGAUAUGCUGUGGCAGUACUACAAAGGAACAGAAGAAUAUGCAAAAGCGGCCAAGUUACUUUACGAAUUGGCUACGAAGAAGGCCAAGACCACGAAUACCGAGAAGAAGUUGGAGUUCUUGUCUCACGCCUUGAUCUGCAUCAAUUCAGCUCCAGAAUCCCAACCCAACGUUCAGUUGAAGGCCAACAUAAGAGAUUGGCUGGACGUGGCCAGAGUUCAACUACAAGCCCAACAGCAACUCAAAGCUGAAGCUGGAAGAAGACUGGAUCCGAGUGUUGUCGAGGAGACCAUCAACGAGUUGAACUCGAACUUGUUGACCGUAUCAGAUUUGUUUGAAUUGGCCAACCGGUUUGACUUCCCGUUGAUUAAACUGGCCGUCCUGCAUUGUGCUGGACAUUUCGAUGCCGAAAUGGUCGAGGGCAUUUACAAGAAUCUCAUACAUGAAGGUUAGUUUUGGUUAAUUCUUUUUUAUAUUCUACUUUGUUUUAGUUUUUAAAUUUGUUAAUUAAUGUCGUGGAACGGUUUUUUUAGAUUUGGAAAGGGUUGAUACAGAAGGCAAGGACAUGUACGCAGCUGCCCGAUCACUGGCCACUAGACUGGCACAACUUCGACGACAGUACGCGGCGUCUCCCAAGUAUUUCCCAACCAGUAAGUUUGUUAUAUCAGCGAUUAAGUUCUACUUUUUUUACAAAACUUUGCGUUACUACUGUGAAUUCUUUACAAACCUUUUAUUUUAUAAAUUUUAUUUCAGAAUUUAUCGUACAAGAACUUCUACAGUAUUCACUGAACAGUCUUUCCCCAAAAUGGUUCGAACAAGUGAUCCGAGGGUCGGAAAUCCAAGUUCACGAGCUGAUCACCGAAUGUCUACACGUUUAUCGUGUAGUCGAUCCCUUCUGGAGGCGCAACUCUCAAGCCAAGAAGUUCAUGGUACAGUUGUGCAUGUUGUUGUCAGAGAAUUUCAUCCAAAAAGCACCUCAAAUUGUACAUGAAGAACGACUAGUGACGAAAGACACGUGCCUCGAGUUCGUGGGAACCCUACUCUUGGACCUACAGGACUCGUUGGAGAACACAGAUAGACUAAAAUCACUUCAAACACGACUCGAAGAAAUCCGGUAG